GCCGAGCGCCGGCCCGACGCGACCGAGGCCGGCGGAGACCGAGCCACCCGCCGUCGACGUGCCGCAGGGGGCGCCGCAGAAGGCGCCACGCCGGGCCGGGCGACGAUCCUGGGUGAAGAGACGGCCGCGAACGGCCGGAAGGUCGAGAUGACCGAGCGAGAAACCUUGCGCAGCCGCCUGAUGAAGCGGCGCAACGCCCUGAAGAACGAGCGCGAGGACUGGCGCGAGCACUGGGAGGAACUGGGCGACUUCGUGCUGCCGCGACGCCUGCGGUUCAGCGACCGCGACGACAAGGGGCGGCGUGGCAAGAAGAUCAACACCCGCAUUGUCGACAGUACGGCCACCUUCGCCCUGCGCACCCUGGUCGCCGGCCUGAUGACGGGCGUGACCAGCCCGGCCCGACCCUGGUUCAAGCUGACGCCGCGCAGCCACGGUCUGGCCGAACGGCCGGAGGUCUCGCGCUGGCUGCACAGCGUCACGCUGUUGAUGCGCGACAUCUUCGCCGCCUCCAACGUCUACAACGCGCUGACGGUGGGCUACGAGGAUCUGGGCCUGUUCGGCACCACGGCGAUCUAUAUCGAACCGGACUUCGACGACGUGAUCCGCCUGCGGCCCAUGCCGAUGGGCAGCUACUAUCUGGCGUCUGGCGCGAACGGUCUGGUCGACACCUGCUACCGCGAUCUGCGCAUGACCGUGGCGCAGAUGGUGGAGGAGUUCGGCCUGGAGGCCUGCUCGGCCAGUGCCCAGAGCGCCUACCGCAACGGCGAGCUGGAUCAGGAGUUCUGGGUCUUCCACGCCAUCGAGCCACGCCGCGACCGCAACCCCGCGCUGGGCGAUGGCCGCAACAAGCGCUGGCGCUCGGUCUACCUGGAGGAGGGCGCCGAGGAGGGCAAGCUGCUGCGCGAGAGCGGCUUCGACUCCUUUCCGGUGCUGGCGCCGCGCUGGUACGUUACCGGCAACGACGUCUACGGCCGCAGUCCGGCCAUGGACGUGCUGGGCGACAUCAAGCAACUGCAGGUGAUGCAGAAGCGCAAGGGGCAGGCGGUGGACAAGCAGGUCAACCCGCCGAUGCAGGGCGGGCCGGCCUACGGCAACCACCAUGUCUCCCUGCUGCCCGGCGCGAUCAACAUCCUGGCCGACGGGGACCUGCAGCGGCAGGGCUUGCGGUCCGUCUACGACGUGCGGCUGAACCUCGGCGAUCUGCGGCAAGAUAUCUUCGAGACGCAGGAGGCGGUGCGGCGCGGCUUUUUCGCGAAUCUCUUUUUGAUGAUCUCCAGCAUGGAUCGGCGUCAGGUGACGGCAACGGAGAUCGCCGAGCGGCGCUCCGAAAAGAUGCUGGCCUUGGGGCCUGUGCUGGAGCGGCUGCAGAACGAGCUGUUGGAGCCGCUGAUCGAGCGGACCUUCGAGAUCGCGGCGACUGCCGGCAUCCUGCCGCCGGCGCCAGAGGUCCUGCAAGGCCUGGAUCUGAAGAUCGAACUGCAGUCGAUCCUGGUGCGCGAUCAACGGGUCGACGCGAUCCAGGGGAUCGAGCGCCUGACCGGCUACGCGGGCGGGCUGGCGCAGAUCGAUCCCGCCGCCGGCAUGAAGGUGGACUGGGCCCAGUCGGUCGACGAGAUGGGCGAGCUGCUGGGCGUGCCGCCGACUAUCCUGCGCUCCGACGAGGAAGUGGCCGCUCUGCAGCAGCAGAGCGCUCAGCGUCAGCAGAUGGCCGAGGGCCUGGCCAUGGCACAGCAGGGCGCCAGCGCUCUGAAGGACGCCGGUGCCGGAGCACAGUCGCUGGAUGGCCUGCAGAUGCUGCAGGCGGCGAUGGGGCAGGAUGGCGUGGCGGCUGCAACCGGGGGUGCGGGCAGUCGCGAAAGAGACGCCGUUUCAAGCAAUGGAUCGAAGAUCAUGGACCCAGAGGACCGGCGUGAGCGGCGGACCCGCGAGAAGCUGGAGGAGCGCCAGGCGGCCUUUCUGGCUGAUCUCGCCGCCCUGCUGGAGACGGAGAGCGGCCGGCGCGUCUUCGCGCGGCUGCUGAUGGAGACGCGGCCCUUCGCCAGCGUCUUUUCCGACAAUCCGCUGGAGAUGGCGCGGCGCGAGGGCGAGCGCAUGGUCGGCGAGACCUGGCGGCGCUACUGCGCCGUGGCGGAGCCCGAGCAGUAUCUGGCGAUGGAGCGCGAGAUCGCGCAUCAGGUCUCUUAUUACUGCCCUGACUUCCGUGCCUGGCGGCCCGGCCCUUCGUGCUUCGACAAGCUCUGCAUGAAGGGCGUUCGAGAUAUUCGCGCAUUCUGCCGCGUUUGCGCAGCCAGCAAGGCCGAGGAUGGCUUCGCGCAGGCGGCCGAGCUGCCCGGCGGCGCUGCGCCGCCGGAGGCCGACGACGACGCUGGGAGCGGGGAUCGCGAUGACGACUCCGCCGAGUCGGACGGGGCCGAAGGGGAGAGCGACUACAGCUUCGACCUGCCGCCGGACGUGCUGCCCGACGGGGACCUUCCCCUGGGGCUGGACGCCGAGCGCCUGGAGGCCUUCAAGCCGCUGGCGCGCGAGCUGAAGCUGUCCAACGCGCAGGCGCAGAAGCUGGUCGAUCUCCACGCCAGGGCGUUGAAGCAGGGCGCCGACGCCCUGAUGCAGCGCCACGCCGAAACGGUCGAGGAUUGGACGCGGCAGACCCGCGCCGACCCGGAGAUCGGCGGAGACAAGCUGGAGGAGACGCUGCGCUUCGGCAACGCCGCCGUCCAGCAUGCCUUCGACGCGCCGACGAUCGAGCUGCUGAAGCACUUCGGGCUGCUGAACCAUCCCGGGUUCAUCCGCGGCCUGAGCGGCUUCGGCCGGAUCGUCUCCGACGACCAUUUCGUCGAAUCAAGCGGGACCGCCGCGCCGCGCAGAGCUCGCCCCAUGGCGACCGUUGGCAGCAGUUACAUGACCCUGGCCGACGUGGCCAAACGCACCGACGCGAAUGGCACGACGGCCGACAUCAUCGAGAUGCUGGCCGAGUUCAAUCCCAUCCUCGACGACGCUCCGGCGGUCGAGUGCAACAACGGCACCAAGCACCUGACCACGGUGCGCACCGGUCUGCCGACCGCCACCUGGCGCCGCCUCUACGAGGGUGUCCAGACCAGCAAGUCCCACACCCGUCAGGUCGAGGACACCACCGGCAGCCUGGUCGCGCGGUCGAUCAUCGACAGCAAGCUGAUCGACCUGGCCUCCGAUCCGCAGCAGCUCCGCCUGUCGGAGUCCGCGCCCUUCCUGGAGACCAUGGCGCAGGAGAUCGCCGAGACGGUGAUCUACGGCAACUCCGGCAGCGAGCCGGCCGCCUUCACCGGCUUCGCGCCGCGCUUCAACGACCUCUCGGCCGAGAACGGCAACCAGAUCGUCGAUGCCGGCGGCAUCGGCGCCGACAACACCUCGAUCUGGAUGAUCACCUGGGGCGACACCACCGCGCACCUGAUCUAUCCGAAGGGCUCGCGCGCCGGCGUGCAGCGCACCGACCUGGGCGUGCAGACGGUGAUCGACCCCAACAACAGCGGCCGCUACGAGGUCUACGAGGAGAAGUUCGAGCAGGACAUCGGUCUGUCGGUGCGCGACUGGCGCUAUAUCAGCCGCGUCGCCAAUAUCGACGUCUCCGCGCUGACCGCCGAUGCCUCCGCCGGCGCCGACCUCAACGACUUCAUGAUCCAGGCCUACUACCGCCUGCGCAACCGGCGGGUCGGCAGCGGCAACGCCGGACGCCUGGCGAUGUACUGCAACACCAAGGUCAAGGAGUUCCUGCACCGCCAGGCGCUGAACGCCAACGCCAACACCUUCGUGCGCCUGAGCGAGGUCCAGGGCCGCGAGGUCAUGACCUUCAUGGGCGUGCCGAUCCGCGAGAUCGCGUUCAAGCGCCACGCCGGCUUCUCCUCGCUUCGUUCCGGGCGCGCGGUCGCGCUUGCCACGCCAAGACGCGCAACAGGCGUCACAGCUUGGCGGGUUCGACCCGCGCCGCAUCCAAGGGAUAGUCACAUGAUCUUCGAUAAGCAGAGUCUCUUUUCCGACGCGCAGGCGAUCACCAGCACGGCGGCCUCGACCAACGUCAUCGACUUGGGGGCUACCGGCACAGCCAGCAACGGACCCGAUGGCGGGGCCGCGCCCCUGAGCCGGGACAUGGGCAAGGGCAUGAAGGUGCCCCUGCGCAUUCAGGUGGUGGAGGACUUCGCCACCCUGACCUCCCUGCGGGUCGCGGUGCAGGUCGACACGGUGGAGAACUUCGCCAGCCCGACGACGGUGCUGGAGACCGAGGCCGUGCCGGCCUCCGAGCUGACGGCCGGCUACGUCUUCGCACUCGACUCCCUUCCGCUCACGACCGACCAGCGCUACGUGCGGCUGAACUACAGCGUGACCGGUCCCGCCGCGACGACGGGCCGGAUCACCGCCGGCGUGACGGCCGGCAACCAGACCAACCCGUGA